AUGACAAUUAGGGAUCAUGAUCCGAUAGCUGAAGAUUCACGGACAGGCUCAACAAUAUUUCAGCAUGAUCCUAUAGUGUUUAAAUUGUCUAAUUAUUUUCAUUUAAAACUUUCAACAUUAAAAUAUAUUACAUUUACAAUUAUCGGUAUUGCUUUAUUAUGGCCAUGGAAUUGUUUCCUUAGUGCUUCUGGUUAUUACAGUGAAAGGUUUAUUAACUCACCUAAACUAAUCAAAAUCUAUUCAUCUACAAUGAUGUCAAUAUCAACUUUAACUUCAACUAUUUACAAUUUUUACCUUUCGCAAAAUCAAACAAAUGUCAACUAUAAUUUUAGAAUUAAGUUUGGGUUUUACUUAACUUUUUUUAUAUUUACAAUUAUGGCAUUUUCAUGUAUACUUAGCUUUUUCAUUCAUUUAAAUGAUAUUUUAUUUUUCAAUAUUUUAAUGACUAUGGUGUUGAUUAGUUCUAUGGCUACUUGUUUGGCCCAAAAUGGUACUAUGGCUAUUGUUAAUGUUCUUGGAAGUAUUUAUGCUAAUGCAGUUAUGGUUGGUCAAGCUAUAGCUGGUGUUUUACCUUCAUCAGCUUUAAUUAUAAGUAUUUUGAUAGUUGGAGAUAAGAAGAAAGUGAAAGACGAACAUGUUGAUAAAGACUUUGGUCUUUUCAUUUAUUAUAUUACUGCCAGUUUAAUAUCGAUGGUUUCUAUUGGUUUAUUAUUUUUAACUACCCAUUGUAAAGAAAAACAAACAUAUCAAAGAUUGAAUGAAAUAAUGGAAGAACCAGAAGAAGAAGAAGAAGGUGCUAAUGUUAAUGAGGAUGUUCAUCAACAAAAAGAAUUUGUUCCGUUUACUCAAUUAUGGUCAAAAUUAAAAUUAAUUGUCCUUACCAUAUUUUUCACAUUUAGUAUAACUUUAAUAUUCCCAAUAUUUGCAUCAACAGUUACCAGUAACAACACAAAUUCAAGUAGCAAAUUCUUCAAGAAGAACAUUUUCAUACCUUUUAUUUAUUUUGUUUGGAAUAUUGGUGAUUUGAUGGGAAGAUUAUUGUGUGGAUACCCGAAAUUGAAAUUUCUAAUCAAAAAUCCAAAGAAUCAAAUAAUAUAUUCAUUAGCUAGAUUAAUAUUCAUUCCAUUAUUUUUAACAUGUAAUAUUCAUCCAGAAGAUUCAAAAUUUAAACCAAUUAUAAAUUCAGAUUUGUGGUAUAUUUUAUUACAAUUUUUAUUUGGAAUUUCAAACGGUCAAUUAUGUACUUCUGCGUUUAUGACAGUCGCUAAAUAUUGUGAUACAAAUGAUGAAAAAGAAGCUGCUGGUGGGUUUACCAGUGUAUUUUUAAGUUUUGGUUUAGCUGCAGGCAGUUUAUUUAGUUAUUUAUUAGUAUUUGCAAUAUAG